UCAGAGGCUGGAUAUUGCAGUGAUGGCCUUGUUUGCCCGACUCUGCAGACUCUUUCAGAGAGCCAAUGUGAAUGGGAGAGAGACCAGAGAGGGGAGGAAGGAUGCUAACCUUCCACCUGAGAGUAAUGAAGGACGAAGGAGGUGGACUUGGCGAAUGUGGAUGGCUCACAGACAGACAACAUCCUCUGUACCUGUCACAAGCAAAAAGCAGUUUGAGAAGGAAGAGAAGGAGCUGAUCAAAAAGAUCCAGCUCACUACCAAGGAGACAAAUGAGCUGAGAGAUCGCCUGAUCUACGUGACCGAGGGAUCCAUGAACAAGAGGCCCUACCACAGGCAAACUCGACAUUAUAAAGAACUGAAAUUAAAGGAGAAGGAGAUCAUGACAUAUCUACACAACUUAGAGAUGGAGAACAUGGAGGCCCGAGAGAACAAGCAGGAGUUCAAGAAGGAGAAAAAUUUCUAUCGUAACCUGCACACCCGGAUCCUGCUGGAGGAGAAUCUUAUAAAGAAAAAGUUGGCGAUAUUGCAGCAGGAGAGCAAGGAAAUACAUGCUGAUUGGGCCAUCAUUCAAGAACGUUUGGUGGAGUUGAACCUGAGUUGUAAAGAUGAACAGGAGAAGACCAGCAACCUGGAGACUCAAGAAAAUCAGGUCUCAGAAGCUGCAAGAGAGCUGGGAUUGGCCACAGCUGAAGAAGACAGCAUCUUGCAGAAUGAGUUGCCAUGCCAGGAGGCCCCUGCUGAGCACCAUACCCAGAACCCACCAUCUUCCUCGGAUGAAUCUUCCUCAGAUGAAUCUUCUUAUAGCACAUGUCCUGCGUGGGAAUAGGCCCUACCGAGGAAGCCAUGGCUGAUUCAGGGCAUUGUUCCCUUUUCUCUUCAGACAACGACUCUUGGUAGAGAACUGAGGCGGCUGCACUGCUACCAAGUGUCCAAGAGGAGCAGCAGGCUGGAGGGCUGUGCUGCUAAAAGUGCAGAAAAAAGCUGCUGAACAAUAAUUUUCCUUUAGAGUUUUGGUUGAAGUUUUCAUUUUUGUUCUUUGAGUUAUUGUUAUGUUAUUUAGAAGUUAUAUGUUCUUGUUCUUGUAUUUCAUUGUUUGUUUUUGCCUUUAUCUCUAUAUUAAUUGAACUUUUAAAACCUAUUUUUUAAAAAUUCUAUUUCUUAUGCAGAAAAAUUGAUUUGCAAGUAGUGACUCUUGAGACAAGCUUCCUUAUUCAGGUGUUCUAUCCCCUGCUGUAGACCUAGAACUCACAUCCAGUGAUGGAUCUUUGUAAGUUCCAGGCAGCCAGGGCUGUAUAGUAAAGUCAUAGCCUAGCCACCUAGGGGUAUAAAAGGUGAUGAUCUUUUGUGUCAAUGAUAUUACUUACCCCAUGGAAACACACUUGAUGAUGUAAUCACUGCCAUAUUGCAUCCAUUGUGUCAUGAAUUCUAUUACUGGUAACAUAUAGCACUCUAUAACACACAUUCAUUCAUGAUCCCGUGAACCAGAUACUGAGUAAUAUACAG